GAAAAGCUAUAGCUGAAAGCUGCAACAAAACAUAGACUGUUGGCAGUGUUUAGCUUGUUUUGUUUCAUACACAUUUCGAGUAAAAUUUAUUAUUUCAUUGUGAAACUGUUUCCAAAAUAGUACGGAUAAAACAAAUUCCAAUGGAUGUAGACGUAAUCCAAAAAUUGGCACUAGCUGUUGAUCCACCGGAUGCAUAUUUUGAUCCAGAAUUGCAACCGGAGACGGGUGAGCAGUAUCUCCAGAAAGUGAUUUACGAAAGAAAUCACUGUCCCGCCGUCGUAGUUGUUAAACCAAAUUUUCAGCAUAAUAAGACAACAAAAAAUCUCACCGGAAGUGGCUUAGUACCAACGGACCCUGUACAAAACAUCGCUCCACGCGUUCUGAUUCCUACCAAGGAAUGGGAAUCAAUCCAGAACAAACAGUUCGCCGAUCUGCGGAACACUAUCACCAGCUAUCGGAACAGCAAGCACUAUCGUGAUAACCUGGAGAAAACUCACGUUUUCCUAAAUUUCGAGAAUCGCAAGCAAAUGCACGAUUACUGUGCUAACAAUCAGCCAUAUGUUCGAGUGCUGCUGAGCAUCCCGCAGCGAAAUCUGGAGUUGCUGCUCGAGUAUCUCUACGAUUGGCUUCAGGGAUGUCAGGCGGAUGAUCACAUGGCAGAAUGCAAAAGCUACCGCAAGGAUUGGAUCACCCAGUGGAUCUACGCUAUUUUAGCCUGCAUAAUCGUACCCCUAGAGCCCUACAUUCACAGCAUUCUCAGGGAUAUUGCCAAAGCGUGCAUCGUGAUGCGGAAUGAACUAACGGCUGAGGAGGAGUCCAAGGUACUUCCGUUGAAUUUACUAAUUUGUAUAAUUUCGCGCAACUUUAAUCAGCUAGAUUUGCGCGAUAAUUUAGAUUGAUUUUAUGUUGAUGAUAUUUAAUUUCUGUUAUUGAACUGCCGAAAGAGUAAUGUUAGUACAUAGAA